AUGCCCAAUACCUCCCUCCGCCAGCCCCGGGGCGGCUACCGACGAGGCGGCAAACAAGCGUACCAUGGCCCCAAGACAAAAACCUUUGCGGCCUCGUCCAGCACCCGCGGCGAGGCCACCUCGAUGGAUGAGAAGUGGGAGAGAACCGCACUGGCACACCAGAUCGACGAGAAUAUGGGUUUUGCGCGCUAUGACGCCGGACGGAAGCGCGAGGGCUGGUUGGUCAACGUACAAGCUACCUCUAUCGACGACCCACGGAUUCCCGGAGGUGGCGGCAGGGCAGCGCUUGACUGUUACUUCAUCGAGGAGGACGGACAGACAUUCAAGGCGACGGUGGACUUUGAGCCAUACUUUUUGAUAGCUUGCCGAAAGGGUCAUGAAGGGGAGGUGGAGGAGUGGUGCAAGAGGGUACCUGGGGGUGGAGUGGUCAAGUCGAUCAAGAAAAUUGAGAAGGAGGAUUUGAGCAUGCCGAAUCACUUGCUGGGAUACAGGAGGACGUUUCUCGAGAUCAAGUUUCACAAUGUGCAAGACUUGAUGGCGGCAAGGAGGGAUAUUAUGCCGAUAGCGGAAAAGAAUAAGAAGGGGAUGGAUGCUAUGGACACAUAUGCUGAGGUUGCUACAACAAACGGCAACUUUGAUCUUUUUGACGACGACUUACGAAGAGACGACCAACGACACAAGACAUCAUUUUCUGAGGCGAGCGAUUUUAUUGUUGAUAUCAGGGAAUAUGACGUCCCAUACCACGUUAGAGUAAUGAUAGACUUGGACAUUCGGGUGGGUAAUUGGUAUUUUGUAGAGGCCAAAAACGGUGUGACGACUGUUAUUCGAAAUGAGGACCGCCUCGCCCCAGCAGAUCCGGUCGUCAUGGCCUACGAUAUCGAGACGUGCAAGGCGCCAUUAAAGUUUCCCGAUGCCGCGGUGGAUCAGAUCAUGAUGAUAUCCUACAUGAUCGACGGGCAAGGUUUCUUGAUCACGAAUCGAGAGGUUGUCUCCGAAGACAUUGCGGAUUUCGAUUACACACCGAGACCAGAAUACCCGGGGCCGUUUAUGAUCUUCAACGAGCCGGACGAGAAGUCAGUACUAGAACGGUUCUUUCUCCACAUCAAGGAAGCUCGACCAACCGUUAUCGCCACUUACAACGGUGAUUUCUUCGAUUGGCCCUUCGUGGAAGCCCGUGCUAGCAUCAACGGGAUUGACCUGUACCAUGAAAUUGGUUGGAAAAGGGACAGCGAUGAUCAGUUCAAGUGCAAUUACAGCGUGCACAUGGACUGCUUUCACUGGGUCAACCGUGACAGUUACCUGCCACAAGGUAGCAGAGGCUUGAAGGCAGUCACGGUGGCCAAGCUUGGAUACGACCCAGACGAACUCGAUCCCGAACUCAUGACACCCUACGCCCAAGAAAGACCACAAACCCUAGCCGAGUACUCAGUCUCCGAUGCCGUCGCCACCUACUAUCUGUACAUGAAAUACGUCCACCCCUUCAUUUUCUCUCUCUGUACCAUUCUACCGCUUGGCCCAGACGACACGCUCAGAAAGGGUACAGGAACCCUGUGCGAGAUGUUGUUGAUGGUGCAGGCCUACCAAAAGGGUAUCGUGCUUCCAAACAAGCACGUCCAGGCCAAGGAGUCAUUUUGGGAAGGACACUUGCUGGAAUCAGAGACGUAUGUUGGUGGACACGUCGAAAGUAUCGAGGCUGGCGUGUUCAGGGCAGACAUCCCCGUCACCUUUUCCGUUGACACAGGGGCAGUGGAUGAGUUGUUGAGGGAUCUGGAUGCUGCCUUGAAGUUUAGUAUCACGGUCGAAGAAAAGAAGUCAAUGGACGAUAUCACCAACUACGACGAGGUGAAGGAGCAAAUCGUUGCCAAGCUCAUGAACCUCAAGGAGACGCCAAACCGCCUCGAGAACCCCCUGAUCUACCAUCUCGACGUCGCCUCCAUGUAUCCCAACAUCAUGACGACCAAUCGGCUGCAGCCGGAUUCCAUGAUCUCAGAGUCAGACUGCGCAGCCUGUGACUUCAACCGGCCUGGCAAAACAUGCGACAGAAGGUUACCAUGGGCGUGGAGAGGAGAGUAUCUACCAGCGAAGCGCGACGAGUACAACAUGAUUCGGCAUGCGUUGGAGAGCGAACGUUUUCCAGGGAAAAGGCCUAACAUGCCGACAAGAUCGUUUGGGGAACUACCCGCUGAUGAACAGGCAAGUCUGAUCAGAAAAAGACUGCAGCUCUACUCGCAAAAGGUCUACCACAAGAUUCACGACUCCACCACGAUUGUCCGAGAAGCCAUCAUCUGCCAACGAGAGAACCCCUUCUACAUCGACACGGUGCGCGAUUUCCGUGAUCGUCGUUACGACUACAAAGGAAAGGCCAAGGUGUGGAAAGGCAAGACAGAUGCCCUCAGGAGCUCAGGGGCAUCAGCGUCCGAGGUUGACCACGCCAAGAAGAUGAUCGUUCUGUUUGACUCGUUGCAGUUGGCGCACAAGGUCAUUCUCAACUCCUUUUACGGAUACGUCAUGAGAAAGGGUUCCCGUUGGUACUCAAUGGAAAUGGCCGGCGUUACCUGUCUGACGGGCGCUACCAUUAUUCAGCUUGCCAGAUCUCUGGUCGAGCGCCUCGGUCGCCCACUGGAGCUUGACACGGAUGGUAUCUGGUGUAUGUUGCCGGCUACGUUCCCAGAGAACUUCACCUUCAAGCUCAAGAACGGCAAGAAAAUGACCAUUUCGUAUCCCUGUGUCAUGUUGAACCACCUGGUCCACGACAAGUUCACCAACCACCAGUAUCAGACUCUUGUUGACCCGAAGACGUUCAAGUACGAGACCCACAGCGACAACUCCAUCUUCUUCGAAGUCGAUGGUCCGUACAAGGCCAUGGUUCUUCCAACAUCGAAGGAAGAGGACAAGAACUUGAAGAAGCGUUAUGCCGUGUUCAACGACGAUGGCAGUCUUGCUGAGCUGAAGGGUUUCGAGGUCAAGCGAAGAGGUGAGCUGAAGCUCAUCAAAAUCUUCCAGCAGCAAAUCUUCAAGUUCUUCCUGGACGGCACCACUCUGGCCGAGUGCUACACCGCUGUGGCCAAGGUUGCCAACAGAUGGCUCGACGUCCUCGACAGUAAAGGAACAACACUUGCCGACGAGGAGCUGAUGGAGCUCAUUUCCGAGAACCGCAGCAUGACCAAGACUCUGGAGGAAUACGGCUCACAAAAGUCCACAUCCAUCACGACGGCCAAACGCUUGGCUGACUUCUUGGGUGAGGCGAUGGUCAAAGACAAGGGCUUGAACUGCAAGUUCAUCAUCUGUGCCAGGCCCAAGGGGGCGCCUGUCACUGAACGUGCCGUGCCAGUUGCCAUCUUCUCUGCCGAGGAAGAGACCAAGCGGAUGUAUCUGAAGAAGUGGCUCAAGGAAGAGCCAGCCGAUACGGAUCCUCGUGCCUUGCUUGACUGGGAGUACUACCGUGAGCGUCUUGGCUCUGUCAUUCAGAAGCUCAUCACCAUUCCGGCAGCACUGCAAAAGGUCCGCAACCCAGUACCGCGCAUUCCCCAUCCGGACUGGCUGCAGCGCCGCAUCAACAUCAAGGACGACAAGAUGAAGCAGAAGAAGCUUACCGAUCUCUUUGGACCCACCACCAAGCGCCCUUUGAACGAUAUUACCAACCAGCUGGGAGAUCUGGAGGAUAUUGGUGAUCUACUCAAACCCAAGACAGUUACCUCAGCUAUUGCUGCCUCCCAGAAAGUGCUGGCAUCUCACAAGCGCAAGUCCCCUGAGCCAGAAGAGGAUCCCUUUGCAGCCCUUCCCAAGAAGAUGCCCGAUCCAAGCGAGGACUACCCCGCGUUCUUGGAAUACCAGAAACAGAAGUGGAAGCUUCAAAAGCAAGCCAGGGCACGGAGACGCCAUCUGUUCGGUGAAAGGCGUGGGAAUGCACAGAACAGUCUCCAGCAGACCUUCCGCAACCAGGCCGAGGUGACCUUCAGGAAUACUUGGCAGGUUCUCCAGCUAAAGGCAACGGACAUGCCAGGGAUUGUUAUCGCUUAUGUACUCAUCGACAACAAGAUCCACACGGUCAAAAUCAAUGUCCAACGUCAGGUCUUCUUGAACUUGAAGAGCAAAGAGCUGCCGGAUAUCGAGAUUGACGGAUGUCAGGUGGAACAGGUCAACCAUACACUUCCCAAUGGCCAUUCUUCGGUGCACCUCUUUAAGCUCACUGUGCCAGAAGAGAUCUACUUUGCCGAGGCGGAGAAGUUUUCACUGCUGUUUAACCACCCAAGUGUGGAAGGCGUGUAUGAGAAGCAGAUCCCACUCAACCUUCGGGCACUUCUCCAGUUGGGUAAUCUCUGCACCAUUGAUACCAGCCAAGCUGGUGUUCUUGGCAAGGGUCUCGAGCAAGGGUUUGACCUUGAUGGUCUCAAGAAACCAACCAAGCCAAAACCGUAUCUGGAGGGCGCCCGUAUGUCUUAUGUGUAUCUGUCACACAUCAGCGCCGGUGACCGGCAGAUCUUCGGCUUGUUCUCGACAACCGGUGAUCAAGCACAUGUCAUUAUCCAGCAGAAGAGCAAGGACGGCGGUCAGGAUUUGCCAAACAUCUCCAAGCUUUACUCAGAUUUGCUUGCUCGGCGGAUCAGCGAAGAGGGUGAAGACUCUACCUGGCAAGAACGCUUCCAAUACCAAGAGAAGCUGAGCGUCAAGAUCACUCAGGUCACUACGCGCCGCAAAGCUUUCCUCGAGAUUGGCGACAUUGUCAAGAAGAUGAAGAAGGAGGAAUCCUGUCCGAUGAUGAUGGUUAUCCAAUCCUCGCAACGCAACCUGCUGGUGCACGAUAUCCCCAUCUUGGGCGAGUUUCCUGUCAUGCCACUCAAGUACGACACGGCCGAUAGCUCGCUGCCGCCUCUUGGGUGGCAAACUGUGGUGGCACGCCGUCUGGUGAACCACUACCUUAGCCUUGGUUCGUGGAUCACGCACUUGACUGCCCUGGCCAAGUACGGCGAUGUGCCACUGUGCAACUUGGAGCGGGACGAUCCCCGCUUCUUGAUCGACGUUGCCUAUGCCCGCCGACUGCAAGCCAACAGUGUUGUUUUGUGGUGGUCGCCUAGUCCGCGGCCUGACCAUGCUGGGUAUGAGAAGGAUGACGUGGUUGGUCCGCUUGAUCAGGUGCAGAUGCCUUCGGUUAAUACCCCUGGCACCUAUGCUUCAGUUUGCAUUGAUAUAGAGGUUCGCAAUCUUGGUAUCAAUACCAUCUUGACGUCGUCUCUUAUCAACGAGCUUGAGGGCGCGGACAGUAUCUCCUUCAACCCUGCUGGUGAUGGCGGGGGUGGGGAAGAGUCGUUUCAGUCUGAGAAUGCAUUUGCGAACGCUGGUGUCCAAGUCCUUCGCGAAAUGGUCAAGUCAUGGUGGGCUGAAGCCUGCAAAGGGUCGACAAUGGCCGAUAUUAUGGUGCAGCAUCUCAUCCGCUGGGUUGAGUCCCCGGCAUCUUGUCUCUAUGACAGAGCUCUGCACUACUAUGUCCAGAUGAUGAGCCGGAAAGCUCUUCUCCAGCUCAUGGCUGACUUCCGCCGCGUGGGGUCGCACGUUGUGUACGCCAGUGCCAACCGCCUCUUGUUGCAAACCACCAAAUCUGAGGUUGGCAAUGCGUACGCCUACUCGCAGUACAUCCUCAAGAGCAUCAAAGCCAAGCCCCUGUUCCACUUCAUCGAUCUUGAAAUCAAGGAAUACUGGGACUAUCUGGUCUGGUACGACGAGUUCAACUACGGUGGUAAAGCCUGCCAGGAAGUUCUCGAAAAAGAUGAGCAAGAUCUCCAGAUGAUCAUGCACUGGCAAAUCGCGACGUUCCUCCCAGUCCGACUGCAGCCAGUCUUCCGAGAUUGGGUAGUCGAGUUCAUCGAGCUCAUGCACGGCAUCAAACGGCCCGCUAAUGGAUCAGAUCCCACUGCCACCCCAAGAAUGACCCAGCUCCCCUUCCGUGGUGACAGCACUCAACAAGCCGAUGACAAGGUCCCCACAGGCGCUAACCAGAUCAUCCUGGGGAAGAAUUUUGAGAAGCCGCUCAAGAAGGAAAUUCUAGGGUUGAUUCAGGCGCAAAAGAGGGAGAUGCUUCACCCAGAGUUGGCCAAUGACUACAGCUUUCCUGUUUUGCCUGGGUCUUACCUCCCUCAGCUGCUUCCUUCUUCUGCGUCUACAGGGCCGGCGCAUAAGAAGAGCGCGUCAGCAAAGCCAACGGCGAACCCAAUCCUGGAACUGGUCAAGGCGCUCAUGCAAGUGCUCUCCCUUGACAAGAACAUCACUCUUGAGGCGAGAUUGCUGAGGAAGGAGUUGUUGGCGCUUUUUGACGUGAGGGAGUUCUCCAAGGAGGGGCAGUUUCUGAAUCCCUCGGAGUCGUUGAAGAUAACCCAGUUGAGCUGUGAAAAUUGCACCAUGACGCGGGACUUGGAUUUGUGCAGGGAUGAGGAUUUGAUGCCUUUGCCCGACGAGGAGCCACAGGCAAAGAGGUGGGCUUGUCAGUAUUGCGAGGCGGAGUAUGAUAGGAAUGCGAUUGAGGAGAGGCUGGUGGGUGAGGUGGAGGGGAUAGUGGUCGAGUGGACCUGUCAGGAUUUGAAGUGUGGGAAGUGUGGAGCGGCGAGGGUGAAUGAGUUUAUGGAACAUUGUACUUGCUCUGGGGAGUGGAGGGAGAGUGUGAAGAGGGAGGAAGUCAUGAGGAGGUUGAGGGUUUAUAAGAGGGUGGCGGGUUUUUAUGGGUUGAGGAUGUUGCAGGAUGUGGUUGGGGAGAUUUGGGAGGGGUUGUGA